UAACUUUCAAAAUUAGUCAUACUGUAAUAAUGGCCGGCGGCAGUGUUUGUUGUUUUUCGUCUACAAGUUUUUAAUAUAUUUGUGAAUAAUUAAGCUGUGUUAACUGUAUAUUUGUGUUCUCUGAAACGUGCAGCUAUGGCUAAAGUGGAGCAGCCAAUCUUCAUUCUGCCGAAGAAACGAAAUGGCAAGAAACAGAAUACAAUAGCCAGCCAUGUAGACCACAUCAUUACCGUGCAGGGAGUUGCAGAUGAAGCUCAAACAAAAUACAAGAAUGGACUCUCUCCUGUUUCUGAACAUGUUGUCAAUGGCAUAAUCCACUCUACUAUGGAAGGCCUCAAAUCCAACAUGAAAAUAAAUCUGCCAAUAAUAAAUGACGUCAAUGAUGAAGAAUAUAAUGAUUUCAAUGGAGAAGAAUCUCAGAAGAAUGUCCAAAAGAAUGGCUAUCAAGCUCUGUCUACUCUCAAUAGCAGCCGGGAAAUCAUAGACUUGUCACCAAUAUAUGAAAACUCCUCAGACGCUUGUUCCAGUCAUGGUGAUCUCAGAGAUGCUAAUGACAGUGACAUACAGAAAAGCUGCAAGGUUCUCAACUCUGAUCAAAACGAGAGCUCAUCUGCUACCCCUAACAGCAUGUCCCAAACACAGUCUGAAAACAGUUUCGAAAUGGGCAAUCUCACUGAUAGCCUUAAGAAUAGUGCCAAGAGGAAAAAACGAGUGAACAUUGUCCCUGGAAUAAUGGAGGCAGAUAACACUGAUACUGAAAUUACAGCCCUACGAGUUGAGUCUGAAGGUUCAAUGUCCCCUGACUGUUCGCUGACAGACAAUUCCAAGGAUGGGUAUUUGACUAUGACAGGCACUAUUAAGAGAGGCAAAAAAAAGGGCCAGAAUGUUGAUGUUAAACUCAAUAUUUCUAGGGAAGAGCUUGAGAUUAUUGAAGCUGCAAUUGUAGCUGAGGAGUACAACAAGAUGGAUAUCUCCAAAUGCUCUCUAUACAAUGGCCCACACAUAUUUCUCUUCAGUCUCAUUUGCAUUCCCAUUGUGGCUUGCAUUUCAGCCUUGUACUCAUUCUACAUGGGUACAAUGGCCUGGUACAAUGUAUUUUCUCAUGUCACUGAGAAUUUCAGCUGCAUCAAAAAGGUUUUGCUCGCUCCAAUAGUGAUUUUGUCUUAUCCAUUUUUGAUAGUCAUAUUCACUAUUGGACUGGGCCUGUAUGCAGGUAUAGUGCAGCUUACGUUCAGUGCUGCUAAUUGGUGGAAAGAUGUCUGCGAUUUUGAGAAAGGGUUUUACGGCUGGCUCUGUAAUACUCUAGGUAUGUCAGAGUGUAGUCCGUAUGAAGUUGUAGUUCUGAUGGAUGUAAAACCUUAAAGAGGAAAAUAAUAAUUAAUGUUGUCUAUGACACUGCCAUUUAUAGAUGUCCAUUAUAUCUCAAAUAUUAUUAUUUAAUGAGACAAUUAACAGUAAAUAAUGUGAAGGAGUAAUCUCUUUAUAAUAAUCCUUUUUAAU